AUGGAUUUAGUAUAUGUCCCAGUUGUUGGAGGUGUUUACACUUGGUUUAGUGGGUCGGGGAAAGCUAUGAGCAGAAUUGAAAUUUUUGUGCUUUCGGAGGGUGUGAUAUCUAGAUGGGAUAUUUUGGGUCAACGUGUGAGGAAAAAAGAUAUCUCAGAUCAUUGUCCAAUAUGGAUUAAGGCUGGUGUUAGAGAUUGGGGUCUGAAACCAUUUAGAUUUAACACUUGUUGGGUGAAGCACGAGGAUUUUAUGAGUUUUGUGAAAGUUGAAUGGGAAUCUAUUUUGGUGUCAGGGAGAUGCGAUUACAUUCUCAAAGAGAAGUUGAAGGCUUUGAAAGGGAGAUUGAAAAGGUGGAAUUAA